AUGUGGGAGAGUGAAGAAAAGAACUUGGGAGAAGUUCCGGUUACAAAUCGUCCAUGCCCUCGUCACCCGCAGAGAAAGAAAGUGGUGAUCAGAGAUAUUCCAAAAGGGUUUUUGCCAAUCAAGGUAGGGCAAGGUGAAGAGCAAGAGAAAAUUGUGAUGCCUGUCAUGUACCUUAACCACCCUUUGUUUUCUCAGCUACUGAAAGAGGCAGAAGAAGAGUAUGGUUUUGAUCAGCAAGGAACCAUAAUCAUCCCUUGCCAUGUGAAGGACUUUAGGUACGUUCAAGAACUAAUUCAUAAGGAGAUGUCCACCCAACACCAACACCAUGCCAUUAGCUGUUUUAGGCCUCCACGUUAA